AUGCUGCGAUCAGCAAAUAGGAUGAUUAGGACGGCGACAGCGUCGAGUCAGCCUCAGCUGUCGGUCCGCGCGCUUACGGCUGCAUCUCAAACCCGAGCCGUCUCUCAUACGGCGCUCAAACGACGCAACGACGACUCUUCAUCCGGAUCCAGGACGAAGGACGGAGCAGCGAAGCCCUCCUUGACAUCUCAACCACCUCGAUCGUCCUCAGUACCAGCUUCAGGACGUGCAGCCUCCUCCUCAUCCACCUCAUCACCAUCUCCUCCCCCUGCAUCGUCCACCGCGACUUCCAAACCCGUGCAGAUCUCCUACAACCCACCCAAGGGCACCACCGGUGGAGGCUCCAUCACCCUCAACCUGCCUCCACAACUUGUCCAAGCCAUGUCGCGUAAGAAGAACGUCAAUCCUUCCAAGACCUCCUCCGCACGUGCAAAAGCGCAAGCAUCCAAAGCGUUGCGUCAGACGCUGCCAGAGCCCACCACGGGCGAAGUAUACGCGUGGGCGACUGCGCAUUCGUAUUCAUUCUCCGAGUUGGUCCGAUCCGGAAGGCUGCCUGCCAACUUUCAGGUCUUCGAGGACAACGAGGUGAUCCACGUGCCGCAGUGGCCAGUUUCCGCAGCGUCAAGUGCGGCGGCGACGGAGGGUGCGGCAGCAGCGGGUGGAUCAGUUAGCAGAGGGGAGGUGUUCAUCUUUCGCUCCGGAUCGUAUGUAACAUGGGGAAUGGAUGAGGGGCAAAGUCAGAGGUUUCUGAGAAACGUCAUUCAGGGGAGGGAUCUCAAGUUUCAGGUGGAAGUAGGAAGAUAUUCACAGAUUGGAGAUGAGGCGAUGGAUUAUCUGUACGCUUCCUCUCAGCCAACGAGGGUGCAAGGUGAUAUCAUUGUCAUUGGGCAACCGCCGAAGUCGUUCGAUGCUGAAGCAGAGACGACGUUCGACGAAAGCUCUUCGGAUGAUCCUCUUGCAGAAAGAAUCGAUGGGGAAUCCUCAACCGCUGCCACUAGCAACAGUGCGGACUCUGUCUCGUCCUCCACCUCGUCCAACCCCUCAGACCCCUACACGUCCUUCGGAACCGAAUGGACCCCCACCCUCGCCCGCCUCGCCUUCUCCCAAGGUCUCGCCCGCUCCGCUCGACUCACCGUCCAAGAAUCCGCCCUCUCGCGCUUCCUCACCACCGUAUCCGCCAUCCCCGCACAGCUAGAAACCUCCGGGUCCGUACCCCUCUCCCGCACCGCCACCAUCAAACACACCGGUACCCUCCUCCGUCUCCGCCAGACGGCCAACCUCGACCGCGACAACUUCUACGACGAACCCGAGGUCUACUGGGAAAACGCAAAGAUGGAGGACCACUACCGCUCCAUCUGCCACAACCUGGAUGUCGGGCAGCGCUUCGAGACGCUGAACGAGAAGUUGGAUCAUUGCGAGAAUCUGUUGGGUAUGGUGAGGGCGUUGUUGACGGAAAAGUCGACGCAUAGGAUGGAGCUGAUUAUCAUUGGAUUGAUCGCGUUCGAGGCUGGGUUGGCGUUGUUGGGUCAUGGAUGGGUGCCGACGCCGGAGAAUGUGAGGGGUUGGUGGAGCGGGGCUAGGCAGUACUUUGGGAUGGGAGAUGGGGUCAAGGAAGUUUUGGAGGAAGGAGAACUAGUGAUCCCGAGCAAGCCGUCGACACAGCCUCAUCUGGUUUGA